GCCUUUCCUAAGCUGCUUUGCUAGCGUUCGACUCCGUCUUUGACGUCGGCCUUCCGAUGUCGCUACAUUGCUCCGGGCUUGUCACGCAGGAGGAGCAGCGUGCCUGACGACAGCUGUACUUCAUUUGCAUUAUGUACGUCCUUACGCGCAAUGCAAAAACAUCUAUAAGGUACAUUAAGAAAUCUACGUCCAUUACAGUUACAUACUUUCUUGCGCAAGCUUUGCAAGCACCUUCGGGAAGAUGAGUCUUUUUGGAGACUUGCCACCACCUACAGCUCAUCUUAGGCCUAAGAUUGAAUCUACUGAUCAGGAGUAUAAGCCUCAGCCUUUACCUGCUGAGGCAACGCUACAAAAAGUGGAACCAGCUCGCGAGGAUGCUCGCGAGGAUGGUGACGAUAUUGACAGGCCGGACAAGCGGCGCCGGGUAGAAGGGGCUGGAGGUUCUGGUCUUUCAAGCGAACAGGUAAGGAACGCCUGUAUCACACUUGCUACCUUCCUCGGUAAUAUCAAUGCGUGCCGACCACUGAACCUAAUCCCUUUCCUGUCGAGAUUCACCCCUUUUGCUGUUUACCUUACUACAACAUCAGACGCUGCCAUUCAAACAACUAACGCCUGUCUGGCACCUCCUCUGUCCCCCCGAGGACCCCACUUCUCCCUUUCCUCCCUGCCCUCCGUCACUCCUUCCCUUCCUCUCCCUCUCUCCCCGCCCCUCCUCCACCUCUCUCCCUCCUCUCCACCCCAGGUGACCGCCGCGCUGCUCAAGAUCGGCUCCCACAUCUCCAACCCCGACAAGUUCCCCAAGGCCGCGGCGCUGCUGCGACAGCUGCUGGAGUCGGGCGCGGUUGGGCGGCAGCACCGGGAGCCGCUGUUUGAAGCCAUCAAGGCCGCCUUCUCCGACUUCGACAACGCCAGCUCGCCCGGCCUCCGCCGCGACUACAUGAAGCUCUGCCACUGCCUGCAGCGCACCACCGAGCCCCCCGCCGCCCCGCCGCCGCCCCCUCCCCAGCAGUACUAUGACCCCCAGCAGCAGCACUACUACGAUUACUAUUACUACUACCAGCAGCAGCAGCAGCAGCCCGCUGCCCCCCCGCCGCUGCUGAGCCGGGCGCAGCGGGAGCAGCUGGCGGUGUACCACAUCAUAGGCUACCUGCAGAACGAGAUGCACACGGACGACUCCUUCGUCUUCAACAAGGUGCUGUCCCGCGUCAAGGAGGCGGUGGAGGCGCUGCCCCCCGCGGGGAAGGAGGACGAGGAGGCGGCGGCGCAGCUGAGGGAGCAGCAGGAGGGCGGCAGCAGCAGCGGGGAAGAGGAGGAGGAGCAGGAACAGGAGGGGCAGCAGCGGCAGCAGCAGCAGCCGGAGCUGGAGGUGAAGGCGGAGGUGGAUGCUGGAGGGCAGUCUGCAGGGGGCUGCACCGGGCCUUCAUCCUCCACCGGGGCAGCAGCAGCAGCAGCUGCAGGGCCUUCUCAGGCUGAUACCUCGGAGGAAGGCGUGGGGGGGCCAGCGGUGAAGCGGGAGGUGGAGGAACAGCAGCAGCAGCAGGCGGACGACGACCCCUUCGGCCUGGAUCCGCUCCUCACCAAGCCUCGACAAGCACCCAAACACCAAACCCCUCCUCCGCCGCCACCACCUCCACCUCCUCCACCACCACCACCGCCCUCCUCCUCUCACCCCGCCGCCCUGCACGACACCACCACCAGCAGCAGUGCUGCUGCUGCUGAUGCCGGUGUGUGGACGCCCGCCCAGGCGCUGGUCAUGCGGCGUCAGGCGCUGGUGGAGUGCCUCAUCACCGCUCGCGGCUUCCACAAGACGCCCUGGGCUCGCACCAGCGUCGAACUCCUGGUGGAGCACUACCAGCGGCACCGGGAGCGGUUCACGGAGGAGCAGCAGCUGGUAGUGGAGGAGAUGGUGCGGUUCGUGCGGGCGGCGAGGCAGGCGCGACCCACGGGUCCGUCGCAGAAGGAGAUCAACCGCGACACCACCAGCUUUGAGCGCGCGAGGUCGGAGUGGAGCAGGGUGCAUGUGUCGGCGAGGGGCAAGGUGGGGGCGCAGGGGGAUGCCAAGACGCAGAACUGGCUGGGGUGAGAGACAUGAGAGGAGAAGGAGGUGGUGGUGAUGAUGGGUACAGACUACCGUAUCCGGUGGCGGGGGAGGCUGCGGUUGCUGUUGGAGGUGUGUUGGUGCUGGAGGUGGUCAUGACAGGGUGGUGAGGGUGGUUAUGCUGGGGUUGGGGAGGGGUACGAGGCAGCAAAACCGGAUGAGGUGGGAGGAUGUGAGGACAUGGGGGGCGCAUGCGGCUGCUGCUGCCUACCCGCUGUUGGUGUUCUGGUUGUGUUGGGUUCUGGUUGUGGUGAGCGGAGUUGGUGGUUGAUGGUGUUGUGUACUAGGGAUUUGCAAUGGAGAGGUGGCGACGGUGGGAACGUGUAUACCGGUAUCAUGUUCUGCUGUGGUUCAAGUGCGGUUCUGCACGUGGGGUGCCAGGUUGGCUGGUAGAGGCAGGAAGGUGGCAGCCAGGAAGGCGCGCAGUGCUGCUGCACCGCACCGUCUGCUGCUGUUUGAACUACCGUACUACCGAACAUGCGUCAAGACAACCGUCCUUGGGGUGUACCUCUUCCCCCCCCCGCCACAACGUCAACCCUUGACCAACCUGAGCACCACCCAACCCAAC